AUGGCGAACCUUCUCAGAGCCUUCGGCUGCCUUUUCUUUUUCUCCCUGCUCUUCUCUUCAUUCUCAACCUUCUCUCUUGCCUUAACUGAUGCUGAAGCAUCUUAUAUUGCUCGUCGCCAGCUCUUGACGUUAAAUGAAAAUAGUGAGCUUCCUCAUGAGUUUGAGUAUGAGGUCGAUGUGAAAAUAACCUUUGCAAACCAAAGGCUGAGGAGAGCGUAUAUUGGUCUUCAGGCCUGGAAAAAGGCAAUAUACUCCGACCCAUUUAACACUACUGGCGAUUGGGUUGGCGCCAAUGUGUGUGCCUAUAAUGGUGUGUUUUGUGCACCAGCUCUAGACGACCCCAGUCUGAGCGUUGUGGCAGGUGUUGAUCUUAACGGUGCUGACAUUGCUGGGCACCUUCCAGCUGAAUUAGGGCUUAUGACAGAUGUUGCCUUAUUCCACAUUAACUCUAACAGGUUUUGUGGUAUCAUUCCCAAGAGCUUUUCCAAGCUCACACUCAUGUAUGAGUUUGAUGUCAGCAACAAUCGCUUUGUUGGUGAUUUCCCUUCUGUUGUUCUAUCCUGGCCAAGCCUCAAGUAUCUUGACGUCAGAUUCAACGAUUUCGAAGGUGGUUUGCCUCCAGAACUCUUCAACAAGGAACUCGAUGCUUUGUUCUUGAAUGACAACCGAUUCACAUCCACCAUCCCGGAGACAAUAGGCAACUCCACAGUUUCUGUUGUCACAUUUGCUAACAACAAAUUCACUGGCUGCAUUCCACACAGCGUCGGCAAGAUGGCUAACUUGAACGAGGUCAUCUUUAUGGGCAAUGACCUCGGUGGUUGCUUCCCAGCAGAAAUUGGGCUGCUUGGUAAUGUGACUGUCUUUGAUGCCAGCCACAAUGGGUUCACAGGAAUCUUGCCGCCCAGCUUUGCAGGCCUAAAGAAGGUUGAACUCUUGGAUCUUGCCGACAACAAGCUGACAGGAUUUGUGCCCGAGAACAUUUGCAAGUUGCCAAGCUUGACAAACUUCACAUUCUCGUAUAACUACUUCAAGGGGGAGGCUCAAGCUUGCGUGCCUCCAUCAAGGAAAGACAUUGUGUUGGAUGAUACCAGCAAUUGCCUGUCUGACAGGCCAAAGCAGAAGUCAGCCAGGACAUGUUAUCCAGUGGUGAGCCGACCUGUGGAUUGCAGCAAGGACAAGUGUGCUGGAGGAGGAAGUUCUUCAAAACCUCAUCCAAAGCCCCAGCCCACACCACCUACUUCAAAACAUGAACCAACUCCAUCUCCUCCCAAAUCUACUUCUACACCAACGCCACCAUCAGCACGGGUCCCCACCCCUCAAACAGCAGAAUCACCAAAACCAGAACAUGAGAUACCCUCACCGUCAUCUCCAUCAAUCAAUUCAUCUGCCCCAUCAUCUGAUCCAUAUAAUCCAGGAUCUGGUGGUCAUGGUGAGACACCUUUAUCACCAAAUUCUGCACCGUCACCUAAUUCAUUUACUGGUGGACAUGGUGAGACACCAUUAUCACCAUCACCAACAUCCUCACUAAAACCCGAGGCACCAAAAACAUCACGACAACCAAAAAUACCAGUUAUAAAUCCUCACUCUCCACCACCAUCCCCGUCACUUGUGCACUCACCCCCACCACCAGUUCACUCUCCUCCACCACCACCACUAAUACACUCACCCCCUUCACCCGUACGCUCUCCACCACCACCUGUCCCUUCAUCACCACCACCCGUACACUCACCACCACCACCAGUCCACUCUCCCCCUCCACCCGUACAACCUAUACACUCACCUCCCCCUCCACCAGUUCACUCUCCACCACCACCUGUACAGUCAUCCCCUCCACCCGUACACUCACCUCCACCACCCGUUAAGUCCCCCCCUCCACCAGUUCACUCAUCCCCACCACCCGUCCAUUCACCUCCACCACUAGUUCAAUCCCCCCCACCACGACCAGUCAAAUCACCACCACCACUAGUAUACUCUCCACCACCAGUCAAAUCACCACCACCACCAGUUCACUCUCCACCACCACCCGUCCAGUCACCCCCUCCACCUGUUCACUCACCUCCUUUACCGAAACACUCACCUCCACCACCCAUUCAGUCCCCUCCUCCACCAGUUCACUCAUCCCCACCACCAUCAGUACAUUUACCUCCUGUACCAAUACACUCUCCACCACCAUAUGUUAAGUCACCACCACCACCAGUUAACUCUCCACCUCCACCCUCACCAUCACCACCACAACCAGUCAAAUCACCUCCACCCUCAAUUUUCUCUCCACCACCACCAAUUGUAUCUCCUCAUCCUCAUGCUUUUCCUCCACCACCCCCAAAAGAAGAUAUAGUCCUUCCACCAAACCUUGGGUUCCAAUACGCAUCGCCACCUCCACCAGUGUUCCCAGGCUACUAGUUAGUAUAUAUGACCAUCGUUUGUAGUGCCAAAAAGCUAAUUAUGUACACAGCUAAAAAGAAACUUUGUUAGUUCAAUUUCUUGACCA